AUGCCUUGUGGUUUGAGUCCCUUGAUCAUGUGCCCUAAGGGAAGUAGGUUGGUGGUGGCCCUGGAUGACCGAGAUUCUCAGGCUGUGGCGGGCACGUCUUCAAACAAGAUUUUGGUGAAGCAGUCUCCCAUGCUUGUGGUGAAUAACAACGAAGUCAACCUUAGCUGCAAGUAUACCUACAACCUCUUCUCCAAGGAGUUCCGGGCAUCCCUCUAUAAGGGAGCUGACAGUGCUGUGGAGGUCUGUGUCGUGAAUGGGAACUUCUCCCAUCCACAUCAGUUUCAUUCAACUACAGGGUUCAACUGUGAUGGAAAAUUGGGCAAUGAAACAGUGACUUUCUACCUCAAGAAUCUGUACGUUAACCAAACAGAUAUUUACUUCUGCAAAAUCGAGGUCAUGUACCCUCCUCCUUACCUAGACAACGAGAAGAGCAACGGAACCAUUAUCCAUGUGAAAGAGCAACAUUUUUGCCCAGCUCACCCAUCUCCGAAAUCAUCGACGCUCUUUUGGGUUCUGGUGGUGGUUGGCGGAGUCCUGGCUUUCUACAGCAUGCUGGUGACGGUGGCCCUUUUUUCUUGCUGGAUGAAGAGUAAGAAGAACAGGCUCCUUCAGAGUGACUACAUGAAUAUGACUCCCCGGAGGCCUGGGCCCACCCGUAAGCACUACCAGCCCUAUGCUCCAGCACGAGACUUCGCAGCCUACCGCUCCUGA